CAGUGUAUAUUCCCUAGUCGAUCCCUUCUGAACUAACACAGACCACGAUGAAUUCGCUGGUGGUGUUACUUUCUUUGAUGGCCCUGGCCUCUGCCAAGCCUAGUGGACUCAAAUCUGGUAUAGUGAGCUAUGCUGCUCCCGCCAUAGUAGUGGCUCCUGCAGCGGUUUCACACCAGUCCCGCGUAGAUAUCAAAUCAUCACCAGCCAUAGUUGCUACUCAAUCAGAACCACUGACACGUGCCGUUAUCGCUGAACCUGCAAUUGUUGCUGCUCCGGCAUUCGCGGCACCCAUUGCAUACGCUUCACCUGCUGCAUUUGCUGCACCAGCCACUUUCGCGGCACCUGCUGCGUUUGCUGCUCCAUUGGUUGGCGCCCCCGCUGCUGUAUCAUCCCAGUCCCGUGUGGACAUCAAAUCGUCUCCAGCAAUUAUCGACACUUUUGCUGCUGCACCCGUUUUCAACACGCUUGGCGGCGUUCCAGUAGCAUACAGCGCCCCUCUAGCUGCUACGUACGCCUCAUCCAUAUACUCUCCUGCUAUCGCCCCCGCCGUGCCAGUUGUGAAAGCUGUUAACAUCGAGUCUUUGCCAUCGGUUGAUGCUGCCGCUUUGCCCGUAGCUCCUACUGAAACACCUGAAGUUGCCGCUGCUCGCGCAGCUCACCUUGAAGCUAAGGCUCUCGAGGAGCAUAAGAUCCAGAAAAGAUCUCCUGGAUUUCUAGCGACCUCAUACCCAGCCGCCCCAAUCAUACCAAAUUACGCGGGCCACUUCGUGUACCCAGCAACUAUAACUCGUACAGGAACACCUAUUGCUGUAUCAGGACCAGUCCUCACUAGCGCCUACGGAAUCCAUCCUUACUAAAGGUCACCAUUAAAGUGAAAAGAAGAAUCUUCGCUUCAGUUGUGAAGACUUCAGUGUGGGAUUGAUUAAACUUUAAUCUAAAAUAAAUAAAUAGACACAUA